AUGAGAGACAAGGCAGCGUUGGUUUCAUUCAUGUCCGGGAUUGUUUCAGACCCUCACCAUGCUCUAGAGGACUGGAAUUCUAAUUUGGACGAUGUUCAUUUUUGUAAUUGGACUGGCAUCAGUUGCAACAAUGCCGGAAACCAAGUUGUGGAGCUUGAUCUUAGUGGAAAGUCCUUAAGAGGCACUAUUUCACCAGUUCUCUCUAAUCUUUCUUCCUUGACCAUUCUUGAUUUGUCAAGCAACUUGUUCGAAGGUCACAUUCCAAGAGAGCUAGGCUCUCUUUCUCAGCUCACACAGCUCAGCUUAUCAUCAAAUCUUCUUGAAGGAAACAUUGCAGCUGAGCUUGGUUUAUUUCACAGAUUGGUGUAUCUUGAUUUAGGAAGCAACCGGCUAGAGGGAGAAAUUCCGAUGCCGCUUUUCUGCAAUCACUCAUCUAAUUCUCUGCAGUACAUAGACUUGUCUAACAAUUCUUUGAGCGGAAAAAUUCCUUUAUUACAUGGAUGUGAGCUGCAAAAACUGAGGUUUCUUCUACUUUGGUCCAAUCAUCUAGUUGGACAGGUUCCUGCAGCACUUUCAAACUCCUCGAAACUUGAAUGGCUUGACUUAGAGUCCAACAUGCUAAGUGGGGAGCUGCCAUCGGAGAUUAUAGCGAAAAUGCCACAAUUGCAAUACCUCUACAUGUCCUACAAUGACUUUGUGAGCCAUGAUGGUAACACUAACCUUGAACCUUUUCUUACCUCUUUAGUUAAUGCCUCUAACUUUCAAGAGCUUGAAUUAGCUGGGAAUAACCUAGGGGGAGAGAUACCGCCUAUUAUUGGUGAUCUUUCAACCAAUCUUGUACAAGUUCAUUUAGAUGAUAAUCUUCUUUAUGGUUCAAUCCCUCCUCACAUCUCAAACCUUGUCAACCUCACCCUCUUGAACUUGUCCAGUAACCAUUUGAAUGGAACAAUCCCAUCCAAACUAUGCCAAAUGAGAAAGCUGGAACGGGUAUACCUGUCGAACAAUUCACUCUCUGGUGAGAUUCCAUCUGAACUAGGUGGUAUUCCCCAUCUAGGCCUUCUAGAUUUAUCGAGAAACAAGCUUUCUGGUUCAGUCCCAGAUAGUUUUGAAAACCUUUCCCAGUUACGAAGGCUAUUGCUCUACGACAAUCAACUGACAGGGACGAUACCACCAAGUCUAGGAAAGUGCAUCAACUUAGAGAUACUAGACCUUUCUCACAAUCAAAUGUCCGGGGUGAUUCCUAGUGAAGUUGCAGGGUUAAGGAGCUUGAAGUUAUACUUGAACUUGUCAAGUAAUAACUUACAUGGAGAGGUACCCAUGGAGCUAAGUAAAAUGGACAUGGUGCUAGCAAUAGACCUGUCUUCCAAUAAUCUUUCUGGCACAAUCCCUUCGCAACUUGGGAGCUGCAUUGCCCUUGAGUCUGUCAACAUUUCAUCAAAUUCCUUACAAGGGCCUGUCCCUGAAUCAAUAGGAAAGUUGCCUUUUCUGCAGAAACUUGAUGUAUCUUCAAACCAGUUGGCUGGAGAAAUACCAGAGUCUCUGGAGCAAUCCUUGACUCUGAAGGAACUUAACUUCUCUUUCAACAGCUUCUCUGGGAAUGUAUCAAACAAAGGCGCCUUUUCUUUGCUGACUGUAGACUCUUUCCUCGGAAAUGCUGGCCUCUGUGGCUCAAUAAAAGGCAUGCCAAGAUGCAAAAAGAAGAAUUCUCAUCAUUUGGCUAUACUCUCAGUCCUGCUGUCAUUGAUCAUCACUCCCAUUUUUUGCCUAGUUGGUUACCCCCUCAUGCACAGAUCAAAAAUCCAAAGGCACCUGGGACUUGUUAAUGAAAGGGAAUUGCAAGAUGAUGACAAAGAAGAAGGGAAAGAAGAGCAUAAGUACCCGAGAAUCUCAUAUGAGCAGCUCAUUGAAGCCACAGGUGGAUUCAGUGCUUCAAGCCUGAUAGGUUCAGGCCGAUUUGGACACGUAUACAAGGGUGUUCUUCAUGAUAACACAGUGAUUGCAGUCAAAGUUUUGGAUUUGGAGACAGAAGAAGAGAUUUCUGGAAGCUUUAAAAGGGAAUGCCAAGUCUUGAAGAGAACCAGACACAGAAAUUUGAUUAGAAUCAUCACAACUUGCAGUAGACCGGACUUUAAGGCUCUCGUUCUGCCAUUGAUGUCGAAUGGGAGCCUCGAGAGGCAUCUUUACUCAUCGUCAUCAAGCCACUGUGGAUUGAAUCUGAUCCAGCUGGUGAGCAUCUGCAGUGAUGUAGCUGAAGGACUUGCCUAUUUGCACCACCAUUCACCUGUCAGAGUUGUACACUGUGAUCUCAAACCGAGCAACAUUCUACUAGAUGAAGACAUGACAGCUUUAGUUACUGAUUUUGGAAUCGCAAGACUGGUUAAAGGUGAAGACGAGACUAUUUCCAUGAUUGAUUCGACAUCUUUCAACUCAGCAGAUGGCUUUUUAUGUGGAUCCAUUGGCUAUAUAGCUCCUGAGUAUGGAAUGGGAAAAUGUGCUUCGACUCAGGGAGAUGUUUUCAGCUUUGGGGUGCUUCUGCUAGAAAUUGUUACAGGAAGGCGACCAACAGACGUUGAAUUUCACAAAGGUUCAAGCUUACAGGAAUGGAUUAAAACUCAGUACCCCCAGAGGCUCGAGCCUAUAGUCCAACAAGCAGUAGAAAGGUGUGCCCCAGCUUCAAUGCCGAAGCAAUAUAACAGAAUAUGGGGGGAUGUGAUUCUGGAGUUGAUUGAGAUUGGUCUUAUGUGCACACAGCACAAUCCUUCACUGAGACCAAAUAUGCAGGAUGUCGCUCAUGAAAUGAGCCGGGUGAAGGAGUACAUCUCCAAUCCUUCAUCAGCAUUGUUGAUCGAAGAAGUGGACACUACGGUUGAUUCAGUCUAAUAUUGGAAUGUGAUAGAACAGUUUUGUUGAAAUACUUUACUAAUCAUUGAAUUCAUUUAUUUCUUACUAAUGGAUUUUGUGG